AUGAGCAGCACCGACCUGGAGCGUGUGUCCCUCAGCUCCUCCGCCAACUCGGUGGCCUCCAGCGCUCGGACCCUGUCGGCCAACGUGAGGAAGCUGCACAACGCGCUGAACCUGCUGCUCAGCGACGUGGAGCGGGAGCAGUUCAUCCACUGCCUGAACGUGUACCACUCCAAGCGCAACGUGUACGACCUGGUGCAGACCCUGCACGUCAUCCUCAACGCGCCCAGCAAGCGGCAGCUGCUGCCCCUGCUGCGGCUCGUCAUCCCCCGGUCCGACCAGCUCCUGUUCGAGCAGUACACCUCGGAGGGCCUGUACCUGAAGGCGGAUUUACCGGCGAGCAAUGGCACCGGCGACCCCCCGCCGGGCGACUACCCCAGCGCCAGCCCUACUCCACCUCCUCCAGGGCACUUCUCGCCCAGCCACCACCCGGCGGAGUUCCAGGUGGCGCUGCGGGGGUCCCCGGUGGCGCUGCGGGGGUCCCCGGACUCCUUCAGCACCAGCAGCGACGGCACGUCUCCCCUGGUGCCGCUGCUCGGGAGGAACUUCAUCCACGAGCCGCCGGGAGAGAUCCGGCAGGUCAGCAUGAAGCGGCACAAGAGCAACGAGGGCCUGGGCUUCAGCAUCCGCGGCGGCUCGGAGCACGGGGUCGGGAUCUACGUGUCGCUGGUGGAGCCCGGGAGCCUGGCGGAGAAGGAGGGGCUGCGCAUCGGGGACCAGAUCAUGAGGGUCAACGACAAGGUGUUCGAGAAGGUCACGCACGCGGAGGCAGUGAAGGUGCUGAAGGGCAGUAAAAAGCUUUGUCUCUCCGUGCGCUCGGUCGGCCGGAUUCCUGGCGGCUAUGUCACCAAUCAUGUUUAUACCUGGGUUGACCCUCAGGGUCGAGGUGUGUCCCCCCCGCCCGACCUGCUGGAGCAUCGCAGCGCCACCCUGAAGAGAAGUGACAGCCAGCGCCGCAGCAACAUGCAGCUGCUGCAGGAGGGCGACGAGAAGAAGGUCAACUUGGUUCUGGACGACGGACGCUCUCUGGGUCUGAUGAUCCGGGGGGGGGCCGAGUACGCUCUGGGUAUCUACAUCACCGGAGUGGACCAGGCAUCGGCGGCGGCGUGUGGAGGACUGAAGUCUCUUCCCGCCCCCCCCUCGGCCUCUCGCUCAGCCCUGCCCGCCAUGCCUUUCUGUUCCCUCCCCUCCCUGCAGGUGGGCGACCAGAUCCUGGAGGUGAACGGCCGCAGCUUCCUGAGCAUCCCGCACGACGAGGCCGUCCGGGUCCUGAAGUCCUCGCGGCACCUGAUGAUGACGGUGAAGGACGUGGGACGCCUGCCGCACGCCAGGACGGUGGUGGGCGAGACCAAGUGGAUCGCCAGCUCGCUGAUCGGGGAGAGUUCGGCCAACAGCAGCGUCGUAGGGUUCUCAGUGGACCAAGGAGCCUCUGCAGCAGGAAAGCCCGGGUUCUAUAAGGGCGUGGCGGGCUCGCAGGUGACCCUGUCCAGCCUGGUGAACCAGUCCCGAGCCAUGCUGGAGGAGCAGGCACGCCACCUACUGACGGAGGUGGAGCGGCAGACCAUGGUUUACUACGUGGAGGAGUACCGGGACGGGCACAUCGGCGCCGAGCAGCUGGUCAUGGCGUUGUUCGAGCUCCUCAACACGCACGCCAAAUUCUCCCUGCUGUCCGAGGUCCGCGGCCUGGUCGCCCCUCAGGACCUGGAGUGUUUCGACGGGAUGGUGCUGAGGAGGGAGAUCCAGGCCCUGAAGGCGCGGCAGGGCAAAGCCGGGGGGGGGCAGCCCGACUCCCUGUCCAUGGUGUCGUACCCGGAUACGCUGAACUCGUCCUCCGCCAGCUUCAUGACCAACACCACGCUCAGCUCUGCACGGGAAAGACUGCUGUGGCUCAUAGAUAUGAUGGAGAACGACAGCGUGGUAGAGACUAACGGGAAGGAUCCUCCGGAGAGUCUGAACACGCUGCUGACCGACGUCUCUCUGGAUGAUGUUCAGUCCGCCGCCGCAGAGUCGCCCCCCUCCUUCAAGCCCCCGCCCCCCCCGGGGGUGCAGAGGCGCCCGAGCAGACGAGAUCCGCUCAACAAAUGCCCCUCGUCCGAGUCCUCCCACUCGGGCUUGUACUUCACGGCCCCGCCCACCCGCGGCCAUAGCAAAGAGUCGGGACACGCCCCCUCCUCCGCCUCGCCCGCAGCACGCCACCAGCGGGAGGCGGCGGCCCGGGACCCGGCGCAGGAGUACGCCUCCGUCAGGAAGCGAGACCCUUCGCUGCCUUCCAAGAAGGAGCAGGCAGCAGCGGCUCAGUUCUCCAUGGUCGCCCGGCACAACAUCGGCCCUUUCCCCCGGGUGCAGUCGCCCGACAGAGGCACCAAACCCGCCGCCGCCGCCCCUUCCCCUUCUCCUCCACCCCCCCCGCCACUCCCGGCUCCCAACCCGCCCCCCUCUCUGCCCCUCAAACCCGUGUCCAUGUCCAAAGCUUCCUCCUCCUCCUCCGCCGCCGCUAAACCGAAGUUUGUGACGGUGGAGGUUCACCGGCCCAACGCCGAGCCCGACGUCAACGAGGUGCGGCCGCUGCCACAAGCUCGAGGUGGCGCCCUGUCCCAGCUGUCAGACAGCGGCCAGACCCUCAGUGAGGACAGUGGCGUGGACAUUGCUGAGUCAGCACACGUCAGCAAAGACAUCAGCCCCCAUUCCUCACGCACCCGCCUCCCCCGAGACCCCCAGGGAGGCGGGGGGAGCAACCCCUCCAAACCGCCGGGGCUACUGGAGCCGACCUCGACCCUGGUCCGGGUGGCAAAGAGCGCCGGCACCCUGGGCAUCGCCAUCGAGGGCGGAGCCAACACUCGCCAGCCGCUGCCACGAAUCGUCACGAUACAGAGAGGAGGGUCCGCUCAUAACUGUGGCCAGCUGAAGGUGGGCCAGGUGAUCCUGGAGGUCAACGGUGUCUCCAUGAGGGGCCGCGAGCACAGGGAGGCGGCGCGCAUCAUCGCCGAGGCCUUCAAGACCAAAGAGAGGGACCACGUGGACUUCCUGGUGACCGACUUCAACGUGGCGCUAUAG